CCAUAAGGUGACCCUGACUUGGUUUCCAGGUUUUCGAAAGGUCACGAUGGAUGAUUUUAUCCUAAAUAUUUUGGAUACGAGUGGUCGUCAAGAAAAACAGUGUAAGAACGCGUCAAGUCGUAAGAAAUCUAACUCAAUCACUUCAUCUUAUGCUCCUAUACAUACUGCAGCUAAGGAUGAACUUGUUAUUCAGAAGAAAAAGAAAGAAACAAGUGUUGGCCGUAAGUCUUUGCCGGAGAAAAAUUCCUUGCAGUUUGGUAUACACAACAAAAUGACUGAGACUCCUAUGCUACAUACAAUGAUGAGCCAACCUGUGAAACCCAAAAUUGAACCGGUUUUUUCUUCGAAGCGUUGGAAAGAUAUGUGUGAGUCGUUGGAUAUCUUCCCGCAUUUGAUUACUUGCCUGACUAACCGUUUCAAAAUGGACCAUCUAACCGCUAUUCAGGAAGCCGCACUUCCUCCUUUAGUUGAUGGAAGAGAUGUUUUAUUACGUGCCCAAACAGGAUCUGGCAAAACUCUAGCAUAUGCAGUCCCACUGUUCGAUCGGUUAAUUAACCUUGACCCUCCCGUUGAACGUAAAGAUGGACCUUUAGGGAUAAUAAUUCUUCCUUCAAGAGAAUUAGCAACACAAACAUUUGAUGUUUUCAAAAUUCUGUCUCAAGCUUGUGUACGUAUUGUUCCAGGAUUGUUGGUUGGAGGGAUGAAACGAAAAUCACAGAAAGCAAGUCUAAGAAAGGGUAUCAAUAUUCUAAUUGGUACACCAAAGCGCAUUCUUGAUCAUAUGGGACAUACGUCCACACUCGAUCUUCGAAGAAUAAAAUGGCUAGUAAUAGAUGAAGCUGAUCGUUUGUUAGAAAUGGGAUUCGAACGAGAUGUUAGACAGAUUGUUGAAGGAUUAAUGCAGCAGUUCAAUUGUUUUUCGACGGAAAAUAAAUCCAUAUCAAAAAUUCAAACCGUCCUUUUAUCUGCAACAUUAUCUCCGGGAGUGGAAGCUCUUGCUGGUAUGACUUUGAAGAAUCCUGUACGUUGCGUGGUUGCAGAAAGUGAAACAAAAGCUCAAAAUACCCAACUUUCUAUAACGAAAGCCUCUGAAGUAGAGUUAAAUACACAAGUAAAUAACGUUGCUGAAUUCGCUCUUCCUACAGGGUUAAAACAUUUUGCACUAAUUGUUCCUUGGAAACUGAGGCUUGUCUCAUUGGCAGCUUUCUUAUUACUAAAAUGCAAAUAUCAUGAAAAUGGAGGGAAGCUAAUCGUUUUUAUGGCAACUCAGGAUUGUGUGGAUUUUCAUUAUCACCUAUUCAAAUCAGUAUUAUGCGAUGAAUCUGAGGAGCUUAUUUCUAAUAUACCUGUCAUGAAUCUGUCGAUUUACCGGCUUCAUGGAAGCAUGGAACAUAAAGAACGUGAAUCAGCUUUCGGUAGCUUUUCAUCUAGUCAAGCUGGUGUUCUAAUCACUACAGAUGUUGCAAGUCGAGGUUUGGAUUUAGCAUCAGUUGCUUGGGUUGUACAAUACCACGUAACGGGAGGUCCUAUCGAUUAUGUACAUCGUGUUGGACGCACUGCACGAGCUGGGGGUCAUGGUAAAGCAUUGCUUUUUCUAGAACCUGAAGAAACUGAAUUUAUGAACCUCUUAAAAUCAAAAGUUGGAAUUGAAAUGAAAGAAAUAAGUUUGCCUGAUCUACUUCAGACCGUUCUUUUUCAUUUACAGAAUACUAAGCAUCCUGGGAAGCUAAGGCCACAUGAUUGUACAACAGUUGAAGAGGGAACUAGUCAGCUGUUUCAUUUGUUUCUUCAUGCUGUAGACAAUGAUGACACUUUGACAUCACUUUCAGAAUUGGCCUAUAUAUCAUUUCUACGUUCUUAUGCAAGUUUUUCGGGUGACUUACGACCUAUAUUCACUUUCAAACGUCUUCACCUAGGACAUGUUGCUAGAGCAUUCUGUCUACAAAAGAAACCAUCCGAUGUCGCUUCUCGUGUAAGAGGUCGUUUUGUUAAGGCUGAUAGGCAGAAGAGUUCUACAGGAAAGAAACGGGGGUUUGAUAGCUCGAACGAAGAUGACAUAGUACCACAAAAACCAAAGUAUUCAUCUGCUUUAUCAUUCGAUAAACCCCAGAAGAAGCAAACUAUGAACCGCACAAAACCGUCUGAUUUGGCCAAACGUAACAUGCUUGCAGAAUAUGGUUUAUAAUCCAAUCUAUAUACCAUUUGUAUAUACUUUUUACAUACUUCUCAUGUGUAUAAAAGCAAUCUGUGAAUAUGCAUUUUUAUGUACAGAUAUAUUCUACAUAUAAACUGAUAAUUAUUA